AUGGUUGAUCCAGGAUAUUCAAUAGCGAUAGUUAAAGCAUGCAUUCAAGAGAAAAAACGUAUUGCUUUUAAAAAACAAAGGCUUUUGAGCAAGGAUGGUAAAGAUUUGAGUGAUGUGCAAACUCUAUUUGCAUUAGGAAUCAAAAAUGGUUCUACGUUAAUUUUGCGAUACGCAUCGAUAACACAAAUAUCUAUGAAAAUGCUUAUGUUGUUCUCUAUGGUCAAAGAUCCAUGGUCAAUGAGUCGAACAAUGCAAAUUAUCAUUCAUGAUGAUACUUACAAAGACGCGAUUGGAUCUAAUGACAUUAUAGAUGGUAUCACUAAGGAUUGUCGUAUUUCUUAUACUUUAAUGGUUGCGCCAGAUGAUAUUAUUAUUGCAGUUAAAGCCUACAUUCAAGAGCAAACUGGAUUUUCUUUUAAGAAUCAGAAGCUUUUGUAUGAGGGUGCAGUUUUAAGAAACCCUCAAACUCUCGUUUCACUAGGAAUAAAGAAAGAAUCUACCUUAGUCCUUCGAUAUGAACCAAUAUCGAGCAACAAAAUUAAGAGUUCUAUAUUUACUAUUAAGGUUCAGCGUAACGACACAAUUGGAGAUCUUAAAGCUUUCUUUCAAGAAAAGACCGGGAUUCGAUUUCAUACACUGAGACCAACCUAUCGUGGACAAAUAUUAGACAAUGAUAAGCGUCUUGUUGACCUAGAUAAUUAA